AAAAAAAGAAACAAACAUUCUACCUGUUAACUAAGAAAAAAUGUCAAUGUAUAAGUUUUCAUUCAAAUCUAGCUAAAAGUGUUAUUGCUGUACAGUUGUUGACCUUACAAUUGCUUCUAACAUCAAGGGUAACUGAAAAACUGCACCCUACUGAAGGACAUGUUUAGUUUUAGAAACAGGGCAUGAUCGUCCAAAUCACAGGCACAGAAGGUGAAACAAAAGAGCUUUUCAGCCAAGUUUAUGCCCGAGGUCAAGAGCCAUGGUCUCAUUAAAAAAAAAACAGCACUUGCUCUCUCUCUCUCUCAAAACAAGACCAAGAACUUAUUCUGAGGUUAAUAGGUUAUUAGUUUAGAAUAUGCCCUCCAAAGGCUAUAAACAACCUGUAGGAUUCUUAGAUUUCUGUGUAGCAAAACUCUAGAACAGAGAGAUGUCCUUCAACGGGUGCUUGGGUAUUUAGACAUGACAAAUGACGUUUUUCAAGGUUAAGAGUCAUGCACUGAAUAACAUAACAAAACUGCACAACCAUUGCUGAUAGUAGAAAGAAAGAAAGAAAGAAAGAAAGAAAGAAAGAAAGAAAGAAAGAAAGAAAGAAAGAAAGAAAGAAAGAAAGAAAGAAAGAAAGAAAGAAAAGAGAAUUGAUGGACGAGCAUGUCCAACUGUGACUGUACAACAAUACAAAUUAUUCAUAUUUAAUUAUCUGUGUAUUUUAUAAGUUUGGUAUAGAAGUUCUAGAAAUCUACUGCCUUUACGCCUUUAUGCAGGCGGAGAAAAGGACAAUAACUCUGAAAACUCUCUGUUUAAUGGAGCUCGAUAGGAUCAUUUUAAUGUCACUCAAAUGCCUCGAAGUGAUUUGCAUAAUGCGCGGACUAUAAAUGAAGCUUCUCACAGUCGUUCCUCUCAGUUUAGUCGCGAAAAGCGCAGGACACAUUUUAAAAACUUAACGGUGACAGUUUGAGUAGUUCAACAUGUCCACCUCGUCAUACAGAAAGCGUUUUGGAGACGCCGCCACCCGCACCAGCGCGUAUUCCGACCGCCGGUUCCAGAGCCCAGUGCGCGUGUCCCGGGUGCCGUUUGGCGUUUCCGCGUCUCCGGUGAUUUACGCUUCCAAAAGCUCCAGGGUCCGCAGCAGCAGACUGACCCCGGACAACCUGGAUUUUAACCUCUCAGAUGCUUUAAAUACUGAAUUCAAGACGAAUCGCACUAACGAGAAAGCGCAGAUGCAGUCGCUGAAUGACCGCUUCGCCAGUUACAUAGAGAAAGUGCGUCUGCUGGAGCAACAGAAUAAGAUGCUGAGCGCCGAGCUCGAGCAGUUGCGCGGUCACAGAUCAUCCCGCAUCGCGGAUGUGUAUGAGGAGGAGGUGUGUGAUCUGCGCAGACAGGUGGAUCAACUCACCACGGAGAAAACACAAGUGGAAGUGACCCAAGAAAACCUGGCAGAGGAUAUGGAGAAACUUAGAGAGAAACUGCAAGAUGAAAUUCUUCAACGUGAGGAAGCAGAGAACAACCUGAGGGGUUUCAGACAGGAUGUGGAUAAUGCGGCUCUCGCUCGUGUAGAUCUGGAGAGGAAGGUGGAGUCCCUACAGGAGGAGAUCGUCUUUCUGAGGAAACUCCAUGAGGAGGAGCUGGCUGAGCUGCAGACACAGAUCCAGGAUCAGCAGAUGCAUGUUGACAUGGACAUGGCUAAACCAGACCUGACGGCUGCUCUCAGAGAUGUCAGACUUCAGUAUGAGAACCUGGCCACCAAAAACAUCCAGGAGUCAGAAGAUUGGUACAAAUCAAAGUUUGCUGACCUGACAGAGGCGGCCAACCGCAACAGUGAGGCUCUGCGAUUGGCCAAGCAGGAGGCCAAUGAAUAUCGCCGACAGGUGCAGGCGCUCACCUGUGAGGUGGAUGCUCUUAAGAGUGCUAAUGAAUCUCUGGAGCAUCGGAUGAGGGAGACGGAGGAGAACUUUGCGAUGGAAUCGUCUAGUUCACAAGACAAUAUCGCUCGUCUGGAGGAGGACAUACAUAACACAAAGGAGGAGAUGGCAAGACAUCUUCGAGAGUAUCAGGAUCUGCUCAACGUCAAGAUGGCGCUGGACAUCGAGAUCGCCACCUACAGGAAACUUUUGGAGGGAGAGGAGAGCAGAAUUGGAACGCCUCUUCCAAACUUCUCCACUUUCAAUUUGAGAGAAACUAUGAUUGAGCACAAGCCUCUGACAGAAACCACAACUACUAAGAAAGUUCUCAUUAAGACCAUCGAGACCAGAGAUGGUCAGGUCAUCAACGAAUCCAGCCAGAACCACGAUGACCUGUGAAUUUAUCUUCCACAACUGCAACUCUUUCGUGUCUCAGCUUAGUCUAUGUGAAAAAAUCAGCAAUGACCUGCUCCCAAGUGCCUUUUUUCUGCGAUGUGAAUGCACACAAACAACAUGGCCUGUAGUAUGAACUGUGAAUCUUGUUACUCUGAAUAUGCUUCGGUUUUCCUCACCACAUUUGUGAGCCCGCAGAAUGUUGUCUGAGCAACAUGCCUCAAUAAAAAUCAAGAAUGAGUUUUAUUAUUGUUUAAUAUAACGUUUAAAAUAAAGUUAUUUGUCUG